AUGCGUCUUCAUAGCUUUCUUCUGCUGUUUGCCGCUGUAAUAGCCACUGCCUCCUCAACAGCAACAGCGGAAUCUGUAGGCCCCAUCACAGUCCCGUACCCUGCUAGGCUCCUGAGACUUCACGAGUUGCCAACCGAUGCCGAAGAGAGGGGUAUCACCAUCAAUACGAAACAGAUCGACGACUGGCUCGAGAAAGGGGACACUGCCGACGACAUAUUCAAGCUGCUCUCUCUUCACAUGAAAGAGAGCAAUAUCCUGGCCAACCCAAAAUUGGACGAAUGGAUCACCUACAUGAAGGCUUUCAACAAGAAAUUCCCAAAGAAGCAGACCAGUCUGGUCACGACACUGACCACUCACUAUGCCGACGACGACCUCGCCAGGAUGAUCCAAGCCGCGAAGAAGGUCCCGGGGACAGCGAAGAUCGCCAAAAGACUGGAAAUCGAGCAGAUUUAUCGCUGGCUGGAGCACCAGAAGACCCCAAAAGAAGUUUUCAACCUGCUGAAGCUGGACGACGUGACUGUGGAGCCGUUCCUGCAGCCUCAGAUGCUCACGUGGGCCAAGUACAUCGACUACUUCGACAAGGCGAACCCUGGUAAAAAGGCCUCCUUGCUGCCGGCUUUCGGGUAUUAUGACGAAGAAUCCAUGGUCGCGAUGCUCAUCAAAGCCAAGACGGUCCCGGCCACGGAGCACCUCGCAGUGAGGGCGCAGGUCGAGCUGACGCAGGUGAUGCUCAGGCAUGAGAGGACGCCUUCGCAGAUCUUUACCAUGCUCAAAUUUAAGGAGGCGGACGACAAGUUACUCGAAAAUCCGCUCUUCAUUGCCUGGAUGAAGUACACGGACGACUUCAACGAAAUGUACCCCAAGAAGAGACAGCCGGCGAUGACGGCGUUGCUGGAGAACUUCUCAGGCGAAAAGAUGGCCAAGAUGGUGCUGGACGCCGAGAAGUCCCCGACUUCGGCCAGUGUUGCCAAGCAGUUGCAGUCCGAACUGAUGGAGACCUGGUUGAAAAAGAAGAGAAAUCCGGCCCGAGUUUUUAAAUUACUGAAGCUCAACGAGGCGGCGGAUAAGGCGUUCGAGAGCCCCGUGCUGGCGAUGUGGCUCAAGUACAUCACCUUCUACAAGGAGGCGAACCCCAAGGAGAUCGUGAACGUGGCGCAAAUUCUGAAGAUGUACCACAGUGACGAAGCUCUGGCCAAGAUGCUCCUGGAAGCGACCAAGGCCCCAAGCACGGAGAAGAUCGCCCUGAGUACACUGGAUGCGUUGACGAUCGGGUGGAUGUACCGUCAGAAGGUGAGGCCGGAAAUCGUCUACAAGUGGCUGGAUGCAGCGAAGAAUGACGUCGGCGAGAAGUUUUACACCUCGUAUAGAACGUUGUACAACAUGAAAUAUCCUUCUAGGCGGUGA